AAAGAAUACAAACAAGAUUGUCAAGGCUGUAAUCCUACAUGGUAUUUGGAGUCAACCCCAAGCAAUACCAUGAAACCAAAUAAAGACAAAGAUUGUGCUUCAACUGAAAAGCAGACAUUAACCACACCUGAAGAAUAUGCAGAUGUUGUUGGACUUUAACUCCCAUCAGCCCUAGACUGUCAAGUGAUGAAUUGUGGGAGUUUCAGUCCAACAAUUUAUGGCUGAUCACAUAUAUAUUCAAAUGACAUCAAACUGCAUCCAACUUAUGGCACAUUUAUGAAUAAAUGAACUCUAAAACGUGCUGUCCUUAAGAGCUCAGCCCUUGCAAUCUCAGGGUUGUGUUUUCAUUUAUGAAGUUAGUCCAUCUCAUAUUUGGUCUUCCUCUUUUCCUGCUGCGUUUAACUCUUCCAGGCAUUAUUGCUUUUCCCAGGAAUUGAGUCUUUUAAUCAUAUCUCCCCAAAACGACGGCCUCAGUUUCGUCAUCCCCGUCUACAUUUCACAUAAAAUAGCCACGCCCCCCAAGUGCAAACAUUCGGAAAAUCCUUCAUUAUCCCCCCAAACGCCGCAGCCUCCCAACAGCAAACUGCAUCGCCCGGUUGCUAUGAUAUCCAAUCUCGUCUUCAGGCAGCGCGCCUUGGGCGGGCCUGAGCAUACGGGUCUCAAUGAAAGGCAAAGCGCAUGCGUACCCGUUCUCGCCUUCCCAUUCAACAUCGGUGACCGGCGAUUGCACCCUCGGAAAUCCGGGGAAGGAAGCUGCGUCGCGAGCUAUCGCUCUUCAGGCGCUUUUGUGCGCAGGCGCAGAGGAGCAAAGUAAAGGCCGUAUCAUUUUGCGCGCAGGCGCAUUCGGGAAGGCGGUGGCAGUGGUUGUCAGUGUCGACUGUCUUGGCAUAAACUGUGUACACAUUUAUCAAUAUUUUUUCCUCGUUUCUCUUUCUUCCGUGCUCCAGUUUUAGCCAUGUCGUACGGUCCGUUAGAGACUUACCGGCCCGGGGGCCUUCCUCCACGAGACUUCAGCGCUAUUAUUCAGACCUGUAGCACCAAUGUACAGCGCCUAGCACAAUGCACUUCUCAGAUAAAGAAUUUGAUGAGUCAACUGGGAACUAAGCAAGACUCCAGCAAAUUGCAGGAAAACCUGCAACAGUUGCAGAACACAGCAAACCGGCUUGCCAAAGAGACCAAUGAAUAUCUGAAGGAGCUGGGCUCCCUGCCACUCCCUUUAUCUACAUCAGAACAGCGUCAGCAGAAACUUCAGAAGGAGCGUUUAAUGAAUGACUUUUCAGCAGCCUUAAAUAACUUUCAAGCAGUGCAGAGAAGAGUAUCAGAGAAAGAGAAGGAAACUGUCGCCAGGGCAAGAGCUGGGUCCCGUGUCUCUAACCAUAUUAUUUUAUCCCAGGCAGAUGAGAGGCGCAGGGAAGAGCAGCUGGUCACAUUUGACAGUAAUGAAGAAUGGAAUCAGAUGCAAGCUCAAGAAGAAGAUGUAGCAAUAACAGAACAAGACCUUGAACUAAUUAAGGAAAGAGAGACUGCCAUUAGACAAUUAGAGGCAGAUAUCUUGGAUGUUAAUCAGAUAUUUAAAGAUUUGGCUAUGAUGAUCCAUGACCAAGGAGACAUAAUUGAUAGCAUUGAAGCAAAUGUAGAAAAUGCAGAGGUCCAUGUGGAAAACGCCAAUGAACAGCUACAGAGAGCUGCUUAUUAUCAGAAGAAAUCUCGUAAGAAGAUCUGCAUCCUGAUCCUUGGCCUGGCCAUAGCUUCUGUAAUCUUGGGAGUUAUUAUCUGGCAGGCAUCAAAAUGAAUUGUUUACAUCAAAUUGAAUCAAUUGCAGAGCUGAUGUUUUUUGCCACCUGGGAAAAUGGAUAGAGAAACCUGUGGAAUGAAUUGAUGAGAUGGCUGGAACUCAAAACUGGUUUUCCUCUAAUAAUUAUAUUGAAACUAAUACGAAAAUAACUAGUUCUUGGACUUAGUGAACCAUGAAGACAGUAUUUAUCAGUUUAUGUAAAAUUAUUUUAUGUAACUAAAUUUAUAUUGUGAAUUUGUUUGCUAUAAUAUUGCUGUCCUGAAUGUAUAGUGUUGAAGGGUGUGAUUGGUAAUCUAGAUUAUUUUGUUAAUUGAUACAUGCACUACAGAUGUAACUUUUUAAAAUGUGUAUUGCUUUUAUAAAUUACUUGCAUAGGAAUGACUUCCAUGAAGGGCAAAUCUGAGAAACCAAGCAAUUCUCACUCUCAACAAAUGUCUUUGUGUAAUCUAGGGAGCUGCUUCAAAUAUGUGCUGUCAUCCUGUGAUGUGCCAUUUCAAUUUCUAACAGUAAUUCCUGGCCUGCAUCAUACACUGCAAGAGUGGGGAAAGUGUAGCCCUCCAGAUGUUAAACUGCAGUUCCCAUCACUUUAGGAAGGAUAGGCAUCAAUGAGGUCUGAUGAGAUUUUGCAACAUCUGGAGGACCAUAUGAUCCCAUAUCUGACAUACUGUUUCUGAAUCUUGCAGAUACUACUUUUUAAGGCACCACAGUAGGUUGACUUCCCAUAGCACAUAGAGGAAUAUGCAAGUUUUCUAGUUUGCAGGCCCUUUGCUUUGAAGUUUUCAAAAGAGAAACACCUCAGUUUGGGUGUUUUAAUGACAUACAUAGUGGUUGAGACCAUCUGGGCUGGAAACAAAGAAUGUACUUAGUAAUGACUAAUUUUGUGCUAGUGUUGGUAACAGAGCUUUCCCCUCUUCCAUUUCUGUAGUGACAGUGAAUAAUUUAGCAGUGUAUCAAACAUCUUGUUGCCUAAUGAAGCUGUAGUCAGUAGUGGACUAUUUUACUUGCCAAUUUCAUAACUCUAACACAUGCAUUAAACACUAUAGCACAUAAAAUAUACAGAGCAUUAGUU